ACUCUUUUCAAAGAGACAAGAAGAAGCAAAAGAGUUUUAUUUCAGUCUAGUGUUUAUUAAGUAAGAGAGAAGAAGAAGAAGAAGAAGAAGAAGAAGAUGGUGAAGUUGGCAUUUGGAAGCUUGGGUGACUCAUUUAGUGUUGGAUCACUCAAAUCAUACUUAGCCGAAUUUAUUGCCACACUUCUCUUUGUAUUUGCCGGUGUUGGCUCUGCCAUUGCUUACAGUAAACUAACAGCUGAUGCGGCCUUAGACCCACCUGGUUUAGUAGCCGUGGCCAUAGCACACGCACUCGCAUUAUUCGUCGGUGUAGCAAUAGCCGCAAAUAUUUCCGGUGGUCAUCUAAACCCGGCCGUCACAUUCGGUCUAGCCAUCGGCGGUAACAUCACUAUCAUCACCGGAAUAUUCUACUGGAUAGCCCAAUUGCUCGGUUCAACCGUAGCAUGUUUACUACUUAAAUUCGUCACACAUGCUAAGACGGUGCCGACGCACGGCGUGGCGGCGGGGAUGAGCGAGAUCGAAGGAGCAGUGAUGGAGAUCAUCAUCACCUUCGCCCUCGUCUACACCGUUUACGCCACCGCCGCUGAUCCGAAGAAGGGAUCUCUUGGGACCAUUGCGCCGAUCGCGAUCGGAUUCAUCGUCGGCGCUAAUAUCCUCGCCGCCGGCCCCUUUAGUGGCGGAUCUAUGAACCCAGCUCGAUCUUUUGGCCCGGCGGUGGUCGGCGGUGAUUUCUCCGGCCAUUGGGUUUAUUGGGUGGGGCCUCUCAUCGGCGGUGGCCUCGCCGGACUUGUUUAUGGAGAUAUUUUUAUUGGAUGUUAUCAACCAGUCCCUGCUGAAUAUCCUUGAGGUCCUUGAGGGAGUUUUUUCUAAAUUUGUUGUUUGGUUUGGGGUUUUGGUGAAUUAUGUUUUCAGUGUCUCUUGUCUUUGC